AAAGAUAUUUAACAUGUGAGCUUGUGAAUUCAUGCAGGAAAAAAUGCUUGACAUAGGAAUGGAGGAGGAUGAGUUUGAGGGUUUUCGAUAUAACCAGAGUGAAUUCAUUGCCAACACGAAAUCUGAUGCAUUACCGGUUACUGCGGCGGAUGUACUUAAGAUGGAGUUUAAUAGUCCAGUGGAAGCCACUAUUUUCUAUGAAGAGUAUAGUAGGGUGAAGGGUUUUGCGAUACGACAAGGAAAGAAGUUGAAAAAUAAGAAUGGUGAUUUUGUUCGUUACACGUAUCUGUGUAAUAGACAAGGGUUCAGAGACAAGAAGUGGCUAGAAAAGGUGGAUCAGAAGAGGGAGCACAAGGUGGUGACUCGUUGUGGAUGUCCUGUGGAGAUGCGUAUUAAGCCUAAAGGGGACAGUGGGAGAUGGUUUGUGUCUCGUUUUGUGGAGGAACAUGACCAUGAGCUCCUGCCUAUGAAGUAUGUGGACUAUCUACCUACUCACCGUAAGAUCUCUGAUGUUGAUAUUGCACACAUGGAUAAUAUGAGGCAAGUUGGGAUAUCAAUUCCAAAGAUCUAUGAGUCUAUUGCUGUACAGGCAGGUGGUUUUAAUUUUGUUCCAUUUACUAAGCGAGAUAUGUACAACGAUGUUAGGCGGCAAAGGGCAAUGAAGAAUGGUGACGUGAAUGCUGCGUUGAGGGUUUUGGAGGGUGUGGCCCGAACGGACGAGAAAUUGUAUUGGAGGUACGAGGUUGGUGAAGGGCAGCACAUGUGCGAUCUAUUUUGGAGUGAUGGGUGAAGCCAGGAUGAUUAUAAGGUAUUUGGAGAUGUACUAGCAUUCGAUGCAACUUAUGGGCGGAACAAGUACAAUAUCCCAGUUAUUGUUUUUUCUGGGAUUAAUCAUCACAACCAGACCUGUGUGUUUGCAACUGCGAUGGUAUCAUGCGAAUCAAUAGCAUCAUAUGUAUGGGUUUUAAGAAAAUUACUGGAAUGCAUGGGGGGUAAAGCACCGACAGCGGUGAUAACUGAUGGCGAUCGAUCAAUGCGCGUAGCUAUUCAGGAAGUAUUUUCCAAUGCUCACCACUGCUUAUGCGCUUGGCACCUCCUGAAAAAUGCGACGGUUAAUGUGUGUAAACCCCGGUUCACAUCAUUGUUUAGACAUUGCAUGCUUGCCGAUAUUGAGGUUGCAGAGUUUGAAAUGCUUUGGGAUGCCAUGCUAGAGGAGUUUGGGGUUAGGGAGUUAGAGUGGGUUAAGGAAAUAUACGAGAAGAAGUCUUCAUGGGCAACUGCUUAUAUACGGGGACGGUUUUAUGUUGGGCUCCGCACAAUAUCUCGGUGUGAGUCGUUGCAUGCAAAGUUAGGGAGAUUUGUGGAAAGGCGAUACGGCAUACUUGAGUUUGUAACCAAUUUUCAACGAUGUGUGGACUUCCUGAGGGACAAUAAAGAAGAGCUUGACUUCCGAUCAUCGUACGGGACGCCGGUCCUUCAAACCCAGUUUCUGGAGUUAGAAAAGUCAGGGGCAAUAAACUUCACACGGGAAAUUUUCUCAAGAUAUCGUGAGUCGCUUAAAAGGUGUGUUUGGGUCACUAUAUUGGAGUGCAUUAAACGUGAAGAUAGGUGUGUGUAUGUGACACAAAAGCAUAGAAGACCUGAUUCACGAUGGAAUGUGGUACAUAUGAGAAGGAAAGAGGAGUUUGUUUGCAAUUGCCUGAGGAUGGAGUCAUUUGGUUUGCCAUGUGUUCACAUACUAGCAGUUUUGGUUAGGUUAGAUUUUGAUUCCCUUCCUAAGAAUCUAGUGUUGCCGCGGUGGUCCAAAGCGGCGAAGGAGGAUCUUUGUUAUGAACGGUUAAGUAGCCAAUACGGUGAUGCAGGUGUUUUGUAUCGGAGUAGAGGCACUGCAAGCGAUUAGCAAAAGUUGCAUGUAUUAGGGAGGAGGACUUCAGGCAAUAUUUAGCCAAGGUUGUGGAGGAUACUUAUUUGCUUGAAAAAAAAUGGACUAGGUGGUGCGGUUGCUGGGACCAGAAUUAGCAACAUUGGAGGGGUUAGGGAUCCUGUUAGUGUUCGGACUAAAGGCACAGGACGUGGCAAUGAACCUCUUGGGUCUAGGGGUAUCAAGCGGCUUAAGUGCAGCACAUGCGGGUGUCUCGGUCAUCGAAGGACCCGCUGUCCCAAUGCUCCACCGACAUCAGCACUGUCAACCCAGGACGAGGGUGCGAAAAUAUUAUCACCAAAUGUUGACAUGGGUCCCUAAAUCUAAGAACAAGGGAUAAGUAUGCGGUGGUGAUUGUUGAAGCAGUUUGGAUCCAUGCAUAUGUGGUUAUUCACAAGUGGUCGUUCAGUCUGGGUCGCCAACAGGGCAAAGAUGUGUUAUUGGUCAUGGUGAUGUCCUCGGAUGUAUGGGGAUUGAAUUGUGUUUAGUAUAUAUUGUUCCUGAAAUUUUAAUUAGAAUUGUUAGCCUUUUAAUGACAGAGGUUUAUGUGGUUGAGUUGAUCGUAUGAUAUGGUAAUUUUAAUACCACUAUGAAAGGAAUAUACGGUAAUUUUAAUACAUUAUAUGUUGCAGUGGUUUAUUCGGUUAUGUUAUUUUUUCCCCAUGCUAUGUUUAUAUCAGUACCACCUAUCCAGAAGGCAGGGAGAAAUUCAGGUUAGAGACACAUUUCUCUGUCCAUUUCACUGAGGAUACUAGUGAGCUGAAAUAGUCCAAGGCUCUUGAUAGGACAUACCUUUGUUCUAGCUGCAAAGUUCCUCUCACCAACACAAUGUCAGUUGUGGCCCUUAGUUCAUGUGGGCAAG